AAGCCUAAACUGCAGUGACUAAAGGAUUCACCUUAGAAACUGCAUACAAGGAAAGAGCACCAUGAAGUGGCUGAUCCUUGGCCUGGUAUGCCUUCACCUCAGUGAGGCUAUUGUCAAAGUUCCACUGAAAAGAUUCAAGUCCAUGCGGGAGGUGAUGAAGGAGAAGGGUGUCCUUCAUGAUUUCCUGAAGAAGAAUCAUCAUUAUGAUCCAGCCAGCAAGUAUGGCAACUAUGCCACUGGGUAUGAACCCCUGGCUAACUACAUGGAUAUGUCAUAUUAUGGAGAGAUCAGCAUUGGAACGCCACCCCAGAACUUCUUGGUUCUCUUUGACACUGGGUCAUCUAACCUCUGGGUGUCAUCUGUCUAUUGCCAGAGUGAAGCUUGCACAAACCAUCCACUGUUUAACCCCAGCCAGUCUUCCACUUAUUCCACCAAUGACCAAACCUUCUCUCUGCAAUAUGGGACUGGUAGUCUCACUGGAAUAUUUGGCUAUGAUACCGUAACCAUCCAAGGCAUUUCCAUUACCAACCAAGAAUUUGGCCUGAGCGAGACUGAACCUGGUACUAAUUUUGUCUAUGCCCAGUUUGAUGGCAUCCUGGGUAUGGCCUUCCCUGCCAUUUCUUCUGGUGGUGCCACCACUGUAAUGCAAGGGCUGAUUCAGGAGAACCUUCUCGAUGCUCCUGUUUUCAGCUUCUAUCUGAGCGGGCAAGAGAGCACUCAGGAUGGUGGUGAGCUUGUCUUGGGAGGAGUUGAUUCCAGCCUGUACUCUGGUCAGAUUGUCUGGACUCCAGUCACUCAAGCAGCUUACUGGCAAAUUGGGAUUGAGAGCUUCUAUAUUGGCAACCAAAUCAGUGACUGGUGCAGCCAAGGAUGCCAGGCAAUUGUGGAUACUGGAACGUCUCUUCUCACUGCUCCACAGCAGGUCUUUGGAGAGCUGAUGCAAUACAUUGGAGCUCAGGAGGACAGCAAUGGGCAGUAUGUGGUCAGCUGCAACAACAUUGAGAGCAUGCCCACCAUCUCUUUUGUCAUCAAUGGAAACAGUUUCCCUCUGACUCCUUCUGCCUAUGUUCUUGAGAACAAUAAUGGCUACUGCAGCAUUGGCAUCAUGCCCACUUAUCUGCCAUCCCAGAAUGGACAGCCUCUCUGGAUCCUUGGUGAUGUCUUCCUUAGGUCCUACUACUCCGUGUAUGAUGUGGGCAACAACCAGGUUGGCUUUGCAGCAGCAGCAUAAACACCUCCCAUGGUCCUCUGCAUUGCUUGCUUCUUUCCCUCUGAUUCUUCAUGUUGCUCCACAUCAAGUCCACUGGCCUCACUUUCUAAAGACUUUUGUUAGUUUUCCUUUGCAAAAUUUGAAAUCUCUUCUUUGAAAAUGGAUGACAUUGAAUGCUGGGCUUCUCUCCACA